AGUACUGUAAGUGAAAGUGAAAGUAAAGUGUGAAACUCCACCGCCCUUUUUCCUCCGUUAUUUCUGGAACAGACGCAGUGUUACAUUCUGUUCGUUGACAAAUUAGCCUUUCAACUGUUUUGGUUUAUUUUUCUAAACUCCUAAUAGUUUUAUUGACCAGUUACAAACAGCUUUACCUUGGAGUCAGACUUGUUUUGUUCGUGAAAUGAAGACCUUUCCGACCUCGGCGGUCUGGUGUUUUGGGAUUCUGUUCAUCAGUGUAUCAUUGAUAACGACAGGGUCGUCUGAGGUUCAGGUUGUUGGUUCGGCUGACCGAGUCGUUGCCUUAGCUGGUGAUGACAUCAUUCUACCAUGUUCCCUGAAACCCAGUGUCAGUGCUGAGGACAUGACAGUGCAGUGGACCAGAUUGAACCUGAAAACAGAAAAGGUCCACCUUUACCUUGACGGUCGAAACUCCUAUGUGGACCAGUUUCCAUCCUACAGGGGAAGGACAUCAAUGUUUCAUGAAAAACUGAAGAACGGCAACGUCUCCUUAAAGCUGACCAGAGUUACUCUCUCUGAUGCUGGAGGCUACAGGUGCUUCAUUCCAACACUGAUGAAGGACACCACCGUUCAACUCUUUGUUGGUGCUGUAUCUCAGCCAGUGAUCUCUAUUGAUGGAACUAAAGACUGGGGGGUGGUCCUGAAGUGUGAGUCUGGAGGCUGGUUUCCUGAACCUGAGAUGGAGUGGCUGGACAGUUCUGGAACCAUCCUCCCUGCUGAUGGACCUCCAGAGAGACACAGAGACUCAGAGGGCCGCUACACUGUGAGACGACAUGUCACCGUGGACAAGACUGACACCAACAGGUUCACCUGUAGAGUUCAACAGCCGGAGAUCAACCACCUGAAGGAGACAGAGAUUAAUGUCUCAGAUGACGUGUUUCCUAAAUCACAAGUAGGGUUGAUUGUUGGUCUAUCAAUACUAUUAGCUGUUGUAGUUCUCACAGCUUCAGCUGGUGUCUACAAGUGGAGAAAACAUACAGAAAAGAAUCAAACGAUAUCUGAAAAAAUCAGAUAUUUUUUCCGAGGAAGGUGAAGAUGAAGACCAGCUGGGGGCCAGAAGUGAGAUGGGUGAGUUGUGUGUAGGACCAGGGGUCCACCCUGCUAACACAGAGGACCAGGGAUCCACCCUGCUAACACAGAGGACCAGGGAUCCACCCUGCUAACAGAGGACCAGGGAUCCACCCUGCUAACACAGAGGACCAGGGGUCCACCCUGCUAACACAGAGGACCAGGGGUCCACCCUGCUAACACAGAGGACCAGGGGUCCACCCUGCUAACACAGAGGACCAGGGGUCCACCCUGCUAACACAGAGGACCAGGGGUCCACCCUGCUAACACAGAGGACCAGGGGUCCACCCUGCUAACACAGAUGACCAGGGGUCCACCCUGCUAACACAGAGGACCAGGGGUCCACCCUGCUAACACAGAGGACCAGGGGUCCACCCUGCUAACACAGAGGACCAGGGGUCCACCCUGCUAACACAGAGGCAUGUGUGAAGGCUACCUGUGUCCUCCAUAACUUCAUGAGGAUAGACACAUGGACCAGGAGGGGACCAGCAGCUCGCCGCCACGAGGAAAGGUCUGCUGCUCUACAGGAUGUUGCCAGGAUGGGGGCCAACAGCGUUGCCCGGGAGACCAUCUGUGCGCGGGACACCUUCCUCUCCUACUCCCUGGCAACACCUCAUAGACUACACUAUGCACAAACAAAGGCUCUUUUAAGAGCCACCAACAUUGUAAUAAAACUGUUUUUUUUUAA